AUGACGACUUCGACCGCCGCAUCCCCUCGGUGGGCGCGAGUGAUGCGGGAGAGGAAGUACGUCGUAGUCGGCGCAUUGCUCUCCUUGCUCUUCACAUUCGCUCUGAUCAGCUUUUUCACAGGCGCAGACACCCUGCUGCCGAUUUCACGGCUUGUCGAGCAAGAAGAUGCUCUACCACCUGCCAGUAAUCUAACCACAGUGGACGGCAAUGGUCAAUCCGACGGUCUGGAGAGACUCCUUGGCCCUCUGACGCCGAAAGAGGAAGGAUUCACAUUGGUUGUGCCCACAUAUCGGAGGAUGGACGACCUGCCCAAGUUCCUCGACAACUACGCAAAUGGCAACAUACCUGCACUUCGUCGAAUUGUGAUUCUCUGGAACGACAUUGAGAAUGAGCCACCCGAAACUUUCCUUCAGAUGUUAGACAACUUCAAAGAAGUACCUGUCAUCGUCGAGCAACGUCACAUCAACUCCCUCAACCAACGAUUUCGAAAAACCGAGAACAUCGUCACGGAGUGCGUUUUGUCUCUGGACGACGACAUGCUGUUCAAACCUGAGGAUAUCCAGCUCGGCUACGAGACCUGGAAACAAUACGGACAAGGGCGACGUCGGAUGGUAGGUUAUGUUGCUCGUGAAGCAACGGAAGACAAUGUCUACAUGGUGUCGGAUCUCAAGAGCUACUCGAUGGUUCUCACAAAAAGCGCAUUCUUUCAUGUGGACUGGAUGKACGCGUACUGGUCCGAAGACCGCACAGUCACAGAACUUCGGACUUACGUGGAGAGGCAUAACAACUGCGAGGAUAUCCUGAUGGCUUUCCYCCACGCGCACUACACGAGAACCCCGCCGCUAUUCCUGGACAUGCCAUUCACCGAUACGGGCUUAGUCAAGGGCAUCUCUACCAAGCCUAAUCACCUUGCCGCGCGGACCGCCUGUGUGCGAUUCUUCACGCAGAAGCUAGGGAAAGGUACACUGGUAUCCUCGGACCUGGUGCUGUCUAGGAUGAAGCAUGGCAAUUGA